AUGGACGGUGUAUAUCAUAAGAAUGGAUGGUUUGGCAAAGAGCCGUGGUGGAAAGAUGCUACUUUCUAUCAAGUGUAUCCGGCAAGCUUUAAGGACUCCAACGGUGACGGUUGGGGAGAUAUCCCGGGACUUAUCUCCAAAAUCGAACAUCUCGAUGAGCUAGGCGUCGACGUGGUAUGGCUCUCGCCCGUUUUUGAGAGCCCCCAGGCCGACAUGGGUUACGACGUGUCAGACUACCAGAAAAUUUAUGCACCUUAUGGCACCAUUGAGGACGUGGAUGAACUAAUAGAAGCAUGCCACGCUCGAAACAUGAAGUUGAUUCUCGACUUGGUAGUGAAUCAUACUUCCAUCGAGCACGAAUGGUUCAAGGAGUCCCGCUCGUCGAAGACGAACCCGAAGCGCGAUUGGUAUAUCUGGAAACCAGCGCGAUACGAUCUCAAGGGGCAGCGGAUUCCGCCGACAAACUGGCGAGGUUACUUCGCUGGUCCUACUUGGACUUGGGACGAGCACACUGAGGAGUAUUAUCUCCAUCUAUACGCACCUGAUCAGCCGGACUUAAACUGGGAAUCGGAAGCGUGCCGCGAAGCUAUCUACCAGGACACCAUGCGAUUCUGGCUUGAACGAGGCGUUGACGGGUUCAGGAUCGACACGGUCAAUAAAUAUAGCAAGCGUACCGAGUACGUGGAUGCGCCAAUUACAGAUCCAAACUCACCAUAUCAGCCAGCGCCGGAGAUGUGGUGUAAUGGGCCAAGAAUCCACGAGUUCAUCCACGAGAUGCGGACCAAAGCGCUCGCACCCUAUGGGGCCGUCUCUGUCGGAGAGCUUUCUAACACGCCGGACCCAAGUCAAGUUUUGCCAUACGUGUCGGCAGCGGCACAGGAACUCGACAUGGUCUUCGAGUUCUCUAUGAUUCGAUUAGGUACUGGGGGUAUGUUUGGGCCAAAGUACAUAUAUGUGCCCUUUACCCUAAAACAGCUGAAGACAAUCGUAGCAAAGUGGCAGACGUUCAUCGAAGGCACAGACAGCUGGACGACCGUCUUCUGCGAGAACCAUGAUAACGGACGAGCCGUGAGCCGAUUCGGCGAUUGUUCAACGCCGGGGUUAUGGGAGGCGAGUGCGAAAACCAUAGCUCUCUGGCAAUCCACAUUGACAGGCACGCUGUUCCUAUAUCAGGGCCAGGAGAUUGGUAUGACAAACAUGCCGACCACUUGGGGGAUAGACGAGUACAAAGACGUCGAGAGUCUCAACUUCUAUGCCGAGGCAUUAGCAUCUGGGGACCAGAAGAUAAUAGCAGAUACCAUGCGGGGUCUGCGUAUUCUUGCUCGCGAUCAUUCGCGUAUCCCUUUUCAAUGGGACGACUCUCCGAAUGCAGGGUUUUCAGACAAAGGUGUCAAGACGUGGAUGCGUGUUCACGACGCCUAUCCAGAGGUCAACGUCAAGAAGCAAAUAUCGGACCCCAAUUCCAUUUUGAGUUUCUACAAGAUGGUCUUGAAGCUGCGUAAAAAGUAUAAGGAUAUAUUCGUCCUGGGAGCGUUCCGGUUAUUGAAUGAUGAUGACGAAGCAAUAUUCGCAUACGUGAAGGAAAGCCCCUUUCGAAUCUCAGAUUCAGGAGCGUCUACUAACGGUUAUUCUACCCGUGGCCGCGAGAGUAAGAGAAUGGCGGUGGUGGUUAUGAACUUCUCCAAGGAUGAACGGGAUUGCCUAGACAUUAGGAACAUACUGGGUUUCAGUGAUGAGGAUACAGCCAGAUUACUAGUGAUGUCGUAUGCUGCCGCGGCUGCAUCUGGUCCCAGGCAAACGCCCGAGGAGGCUGCAGCUCCUCAACCUCCCGAGAUUAUAUCUUCUGAGUCCGCAAGCACCGCGUCCCUUGUCGACGUCGAUACGCCCUCGGUGCGCACCGUACCCUCCGACUUCGGGGAACAGGAAAUUCAGACUGAGACCCAAGCCACUCGUCAAGAACUAGAGGAUGCUGCCGAGCGCGCGCGUGCUGAGGCUCAUCUCGCUAAGAAGAAGGGCAGCGGGAAAGCACGAAGAGCCGACAGCAUUCUCACCCAGUGGUUUGCCAAUUUAAGCGAUGGUGCUAGUACGGCCCUCGUCGUCUCCAAUUUGGCUGCUGUUGUAGGGCUUAGCGCGUACUUGGGCUUCAAGGCUUGGGGUUUGUAUGAGCACGGACGCCUAGGUUGGAAGAGCGUUGGCAUUGGUGCAGGUAUCGUGACCGGUGUUGGUCUGAUAGAAGGAAUCCUUGGAGGAUAUCUCUACAGGGGUAAGAAGAAGCAGUCGUAG